UCAAACCCCACCCACCCAUGUUUAUGGCUGACCGCACAGCCGUUGCGCCGCCCUCCUCCUCCCCGUCCCCCUACCGCGACCCGCCUCUUGCGCGAUGCUGCCCGCACGCGCAAGCCGACAUUACCUCCCUUCCGCCCCCGCCGCCGAUUUGGCGUAGAGAUCCGACGGCCCACCAUGACUCGUCCGAUGGGCGACACGACUCACCCUUGCGCUUCGAACACAGUACUUAUAUCGCGGAUUUUCCGCCGUCGUCUUUGAGAAAUACUGAGCCUGGUUCGCCCUUCGCGGGCGCGCUUGGGGAAGGUUUGCGCCAUUCCGCGCAGCCCGCCCCUGUAGCACGCUAUUCUUCCGCCGUUUCCGCCGCCUGCAGGCUUUUUUGCGUACAAUGCGCCGCCAUCCUCGUCCCCUGCCUCUGCUGCGCCGCGCUCCUUAUCCCCCCGCCUCUACCUUCCGCCUCCCCCGCUGCCUCCCGCGCAACCCCGCACCGCCAGGGCGUCUGCCGUAGUCGGCCCAAUGGGGACUGCGGAGGCAAGGGGGGGAAGGGGGAAGCUUGCGGAAGCGUGGCGGCGGGGAGGGAUCCUGGCGGAAAGCGGGGGGAUGGCGGAAGCAGUGCUGGUGCAGGCGGAAGGGAGGGAGCGCCAGGCGUAGCAGACGCAGCGGCGGCGGCGGCGCCCGUGAGGGUGGGAGCUGUGGCGAGCGGAGACGGGGUUUCCCCGCCUGCUGAGGGGGCAUGUCCACCCCUUCCGCUGCCGCUGUCGCCCGUCAUUGCCCCGUACGCGCUGGCGCACAGCAGCCACCAGCAGUGCGGCGCGGGGGGGUCUGAAGAAGCGCUUUCAGCACUCGCGACUGGAACACAUUCGGUAGACGCACGUGCGAGGGAAGCACGUGGCGUGGGAUCACAGUCGGUAGACGCGCGCGCUGCACAGGACACAGGAGGGGGAGGAGCAGGCGCGCUAGUGGAGGGGAGCCGCGCCAUGAGCUGUGGUCGCUGUGGCGUUGCUCUGCUGCACCCCUUCUGGCAUCCCCAACACCCAUCUGCUGCUUCUGCUGCUGCAACUGCUGCUGAGAUUGAGACUGAUGCCUACAAUGUGAAUGGCGGUGCUCCUAGUGCUGCUGCUGCUGUGGCAGCAGCACGUGCAUAUGUGCGGUCGGCGGGAGCGUCGAGCAGCGCCAACACGUGUGUGGGAGACUACCAAUCGCCGUGGGACAGCUGGCGUGAUCUCCUUGGGGUCUGGCCUGCUCAAGAGCUUCCCCUUACCGUGCUCGCCCGUGUGCACGCCACCAACUGGAGCCGUCGCUCCCAUCUGCUCCUCCUCGUCGCCUCCUACCGCGCUCUCUCUGCAAAGCUUCGUGAGGGCAUGCAGCACACACGCGCCCAUCUUGGCACACCUGGCCAUGGCACACGCCACAGCGGCUGCCUAGACGGAGAAGCGGAAGCAGCGGUGGCAGGGACUAAAGCACGGAGCAGCGGUGGGCAGAGGUGGAAGGGCAGCCAGGGGAAGUGGCACGGGCGAGAGCACGGUGGUGGGACGAGAGCAAGGGAGGACGGUGGGGAGAGGGAGAGGGAUCUUGCAGUGGAGACGGACGGGGGGGAGUUAGCAGGAGUUUUGCGGCUACAGAAAAAGGGGAAGCAUACACCGGUGCAGCACAGGGCAGCUGAAGCUGCGACACCAACUGUGGCGAGAGGAGUUGAUAGAGGCUCUGCUGCUGCUGGUGCUUCUGCUGCUGGCGAUGGUGGUGAUGGUGAUGGUGAUGGUGAUGGUGGUGGUGCUGCUGGUUUGAGGCAUGCUGCUAUGGGUGCAGGCAGGCAGCUGAGGACAUGUGAGCGGGCACGCAAGAGAGUGUGCUUCGGACCACAGGAAACGAGCGUCAAAACACCCAUGCCGGCUCGCCGGUCCCCCACACCCAGCUGUACGCGUUCAGCAGGAGAAGCAGGAGCAGCAGGAGAAGCAGGAGAAGCACAAGCAGAAGCAGCAGCAACAGCGCAAGCGGAAGAAGGAGCAGCAGGCGCUGUGGCAGCACCAUCAGGGAGAGGAGAGGGAGGAGCAGCAGGAGGGGCAGGUGGAGGGACGCAUGGCGCAGUGAAGGGCGGGAAGGAGCACGGUGCGAGAGGCCAUGCUGGUGCGAUGGGAGGUGCCGGAGGCAGGAAAAAGGAGGAAAAGGAGAAGGGCAACGCAGGCAAAGGUGGGCAGGUGGCGGGGAGAGAGGCGAGGAGCAUUGGAGAAGCUGCUGCUGCUGCUGCUGCUGCUGUUGUGGAUUGGGCUGUUGGUGCAGUGCAGGCAAGAGGAACUGCUGCUGUGGGUACUGGGACCGUGGCCGCUGCUGGUGGUGAUGGUGGUGCUGCUGGUGGUGCUGCUGGUGGUGCUGCUGGUGGUGCUGCUGGUGGUGCUGCUGGUAGUGCUGCUGGUGGUGGUGCUGCUGGUGCUGCUGGUGCUGCUGGUGCUGGUGCUGGUGCUGGUGCUGGUGCUGCUGGUGCUGGUGCUGCUGGUGCUGCUGGUGCUGCUGGUGCUGUUGGUGGUGUCACAACCACCACCACCACCACAACCACCAUUCACGCCAUGGACCCGGACUCCUCCCCACGGCUGCGUCUCAUCCACACCCGAGCAGCCCUGCUGCACCAGCAAUGCGCCUCUACUCUUGCUCAAGAACUCUCCUCCUCCUCUUCCCUCCUCUCCUCCCCCACCCUCCCUGCCUGCUCCCCCUCCUGCCCCUUCCGACCCUCCGGCCGAGCCUAUGCUGCCAUGCGCGUGGCUAGAACCUCCCUGCCAGGUUCGGUCGGUCUGCACUUGACGCAGGGGGGUUUGAUUCGGGGGGAGGGGGGCAGCAGAGGGGAUGGAAGUGGAGGAGGAGGCGGGGCAGCGGGGUUUAGGCCCCUUCACUUGAAUAUGCUGCGGUUGUCCCUUGAAGUGUUGGGAAGUGCAAACUGGGGCGAGAGAGAGGUCUGUAUGGGGAGGAGAGGAAGAAAGGAAGUAGAGGAGGAUGGUGGUGCUAACGGUCAGCAUCUUUUUGAGAAUUCUCACAAACGCCACGGUAGCAAUGGGGGGGGUGGCAGCGCCAGUGGGUGCAGCAGCAGCAGCGUUAGUGGCUUAGCGAAGCAGGUGGAGAGUGGCAUCGAACGCCUGCUGGUGCGGCAGAGAGCACCGCGCGUCGACGCACUGAGGAGGCUGGAGAUGAGUGACGUGGCACGGCAGCUACAGGAGGACCUAGGGACUGCCGCCUUGGCUUCAGCAUCAGCAGCUGCUACUGUCACUGCCACUGCUACUGCUACUGUUGCUGCUGCAACUGUUCCCAGUGCUUAUGGGGGACAGUCGGAGAGAAAUACUGGAGGCAGCAGCACUGCCAGGUAUGGGCCUGCGUUUGGCGGUGGCCCACGUGCAGCACGUUCAGGCUGCACCCCCCGCACUCCUUCGCCGGCAGGUGGGCCCCACGGUGUCGGCUAUCUGGGCGGCGGUGGUGGUAGCAGUGGCAUGGGCCUGGGUGUGGGGGGUUGUGGACGAGCCGUGGGAGCCAUGGGAGCAUUGGGAUUUCAGCAGCGCAAGAAGGUGCGGUUCGUGGAUGGGAUGGGGGGAGCUUUUGAGCCGGCUCAAAAGUGGUACAUGGAUGGGAAUCGGGUGGGGGGAGGCGGCAUGGAGGAAAGCGCUUGUGACAUGGAGACUGGCGGUGUAAGGAGCGAAGGGAGUGAGAGAAGCCUGCCCCUUUCCUUCCUCCACUCCAGACUGGUGCAGCAGGCUUUCCAGCCUGUCACUGGAAGGUGUAAUGCGGACAACAACGAGGUGCUGUGCCCAUCAUCAGGCAGAGCAGCAGGGAAGGCAAUGGAUCUCUCAACCGCGCACAAGUCGCAACCGACCUCUUACCAACCCUUGGACCCUUCCUCCUCCCAGCCUCGCCCCCCACCUCCAUCCCACCCACGACCCACCUCGACCGGUUCCUCCCCUCUCUCUCCCCCUCCCUUCACCCCUCGCUCUCCCCCACUCUCUCCCCCGACCCUCCUCCUGCGUCAGCAAGUCAACUCCCUGCUCCGCAUCCUGCAUGACCUCGCCUUUGGCCUCGCGUGCCAACCCCCGUUCAUGCUCCUCCCUUCCUGUACGGCGCAUCGUGACGCGGCUGUAGGCCCCAUUUCCCCCCGUGUCGCCAACCCCACCCCCACCAACAUGCACCUGCAGCAGCAGCCGCCUCCGUGCAAGGGCACAGGGCAGCAGCAAGCAUGUCCAGAGCCUGCGUGGGAGUCUUCUUGGCUGGGCGUGGGUAUGGGCAUGGACAUGGGCAUAGAAGGAGGUGGUUGGCGUGAGUGGGGGCUGGGGGAGAUGGAGGAGUGUGGCAGGGUCGGUACGAUGGAAGAGUCGCCAGAGGAGAGCCCGAGCAUGUGUGAAAGGAGGGAAGCGGUGCGGUUGUCGCACCAUUUGUUGCUGCUGGCGUAUCAUGAGCUGGCCCAUCUUGAUUCGCUCAUUUGAGCCGUGCUUGUGUGACCAAGGAUGGAGUAUCAAUCAUAAUGCAGCGCUAUUAGUGCGAAUUUCUACGAACCAGGAUCAGAAUCAAGUUGGAUCAGAAACGUAUGGUACUGUGCAGUGCCAGUAUCGGAAUUGCGUUUCAGUGCGGUUUAUUUUGGUCAUGCACGUAUUUGAACUUGAUCUU